UAGGUUGCUAUGGGCAACUGGGCAAGUUUUCCUCUGCACAUGUUUUGAUAAAUCUCCCCCAUAGAGAUCAUUCCCAGUAUGAGAUUUAUUCCCCUGCAGUCCAUACAUCCCCAGCCCGUGCACCUUCUCAUCCUCCCCUUCAGAUAACACUUAUCUUCUCUGUGAGGUCCUUCUCCUGUGCAGACCUGCGUCCUUAGAAUACAGAGCAGGGGGGAGGGGAGGUGAGGUGCUGUGUACUCAGCUGGAUGAGACGAGGGGGCGUGGCUUAUUCCUCUCAUGCAGACAGAGAAAAAAAAAGUGCUAUGACAUCUUGUCCACCACAGACUGUGGACAACGGUAAAAGAAAACCCUCGGAACUACAGAACUUCCUGCCCAACAAACAGAUAACACCAGGAAGCAAAUCCUCGGUGGCUAAUUUGUGCCCUGGAGAUGUAAUACUUGCCAUUGAUGGGUAUAGCACUGAUAACAUGACGCACGCAGAAGCACAGGACAGAAUUAAAGCGGCAACUGACCAGCUCUGCCUAAAGAUUGACAGAGCUGAAACUAGAAUGUGGUCUCCGAACAUUUGUGAUGAUCCAUAUAAAAUCAAUCUUGAAGCUGAACCACAGGAGUUCAAGCCUAUUGGUACAGCUCAUAACAGAAGAGCACAACCAUUUGUAGCGGGUGCAAAUAUUGGGGACAAAAAGCAGGUAGUGAGUUCUUCCUAUAACACCCCCAUUGGGCUGUAUUCAUCUGGCAAUAUUAAAGAUGCAUUCCAUGGACAGAUGAGAGGUCUUAUUCCUAAUGCAGAUCAAAUUGGAAGCAGCACUCCUUCAGGCUUUGACCCUGGCAGUGGACGCAGUACCCCCUCCACAGCGAGCACUGUCGGCACUAUAGAUCCUGGUGAGCUGAAAGCUGCCUCUAGAUGUGCGCCUAACAUUCCUCUGGAAAUGGAGCUUCCUGGUGUGAAGAUUGUCCAUGCACAGUUUAAUACACCGAUGCAACUAUAUUCUGAUGACAAUAUUAUGGAAAGUCUACAGGGGCAAGUCUCCACCAUCUUAGGGGAAAAACCUCAAAUGAGUGAUCCUAUACCGUCCUCUGUGCCACAGUCAGAUGUAUAUAGACUCCUUCAUGAUGACACACAACAAGAAAGUAGACCUCGGCAGUCUGGUUCCUUCAAGGUUUUGCAGGAUAUGGUUGAUGAUGAUUCUGACCGCCCUGUAGGCAUAAGAAGUGUAAGAGCUCCAGUCAAUAAGCCUCAGACAGGAGCAGCUGCUGUUCAAAAAGUUCCCAUAUGUGACAGAUGUGGAAAUGGAAUUGUAGGUACUGUGGUGAAAGCUAAGGACAAGUUCCGCCACCCUGACUGCUUUGUCUGUGCAGACUGCAAUUUGAACCUGAAACAGAAAGGAUACUUCUUUGUGGAGGGCCAGCUGUAUUGUGAAGUCCAUGCAAGAGCACGCAUGAGACCACCAGAAGGAUAUGAUGCCGUCACAGUCUAUCCAAGGGCUUAGGAGCCGGCUUCAUCCACAACACAACUUAUUUCAACAGAUAGGCUUUGGACUUAUAACAGCUUUUAAGCAGUAUGAGAAUGGAAGGUUUGUCAACAAUAUGAAAACCAAAAACCUCACCCAGAAAUAUCACACUGAAAAUGUGUAAUGUAUAUGGUUUUCUUUUUUGAAAGAAGACAUAAAAAUAGCUUUUUAAUACUGUUUUAAUAGCAUUUAGUUCAGACAGAUCCUUUCACGCACACGGAAAGCACUGCACUUUCACCUUUAUUCAAGAACGAGUAAUAUUUUUACUAUUGCACUUGUAGCCUGCUUCAUGCAUCUGUAUAAAAUAGAACGG